AUGUCGGAGAUAUCAAGCACUACGACGGAAGAACUUGGCCCCAUAUCCGAUGAUCUAUUCAGUGAAGAAUCGGAUUUCUUCGGCAACUCGGAAGCCAAAUCAACCUAUGACAGGCUAGCCGUAUCUUACGAUCCGCAAAAGUACUGGAGGACCCACGAGUGGAAUGCCCAAGUCGUCGCCGUGAAGGGCCUAAAAGCUCAGAAAGCCGCAUCGAGGAAAGCACGGAGGGUCGCAAAGGAGGCAGCGAAGAAACGGGCAGAAAAGAACGCGUUGUCAGUAAAACCCGAGUCCUCGAAUCAACCACGGCAGGCUGCUGGCGAAGUCCGGAAUCCAGGGCUCGAACAUGGAGACUUUCUCGAUCCGGCUCGUGAUAGCAGCGCUCAAAACUACUACGAAGGCAAUCCCAUGGCCAAACAACUCUCAGAAUCCCUCGAUGACUUCCUAACUCGACUGCCCCCCUCCACAACCACCAUCUCGGACGGUGGCCCCUGGAUCCACAUUGACAACCCCCAUCCUCAACCCAUUGUCCGCGGGAGUCCUCCGGGCUUGCAACGACGCCGUCACCCCGACGAUGUCGACAGGCAGACCUUCUUCCAACAUGGCUCGCGGCUCCUGGAACGCUUCCGUGAGCGCAAGGCGGAGAUGGAAGCCCAGAACCCAGGCAAGGCCAAGGGAAGUAUCACACGCAUGCUGUCGAACGACCGCCUAAACUUGGAAAAGGAGAUCAUUGACCUGGCCACGAAGCACAAUGUGACGUCUGGAAAAUGGCUUCUGUUUCUCGCUCCUGAAGAGGUCGAUCGAGUGUGGGAAAUUGUAGCGCGAGCCACCUGGGAAGGUAAGCUUGGGGUCACGGCGAAAGUCGAAACAGCGUCGGACGGCGACAGCGAUGAGAGUGGGGACGGAAGGGGAGACGGCAAAGGAGAAAGAUCAAGCAACAACACUGAGGGGGGGUAUAGAUUGCUCUGCGUGUACACGCACGACUUUACCGCUGAAGAUGACGUGGAUCGGGUAUUACGCGCGAUAAAGGAUCUCGGGCUUCUCGAUCACAACAGCAAAGCCGGACAUGCCUUGAAGACGAUCUACUACAAAAUCGACGCCUACACGUAUCUGGACAUCAAGAGUGGAAAUGGGUAUGGACUCAAGGCAAGUCGGUACAGUUCUCGCAGCAGGUAUGCCGACUGGUACAAGAAAAAUUCAUCUGAUGUCUGA